CAACAUUUCCUCUGAAGUGAAGUGGAAAACUUUGAUUGCGCUCUAUCGGCGCCGUAACUGAUAACAACAUAAUUAAUAGUGCUGCUCAAGAGCAAUUGAACUUUUUGUUUUCGUGCGUAUCUGUCUCAAUUGCCGGCCAAUUGCGUUCCGUCAUGAGAAGCUGUUUUGCAAACGACAGUGCUUUCUCGCAGUCAUUGAAAGCUAUUUAGGACGCCUCUCGACUACAUAUCGGCAGUUGUGUGUGUGUUGAUUGAAGACACAACUUUCUUCACUGCCACGCCCACAUUAUAUAUUUACUUUUCUGUCUGUUCUCUUCUAUUGUAUUUCCGCUUUUCAAAAUGCGGCUUCUCAUCAGUUUUAUUUUGAUUUACCAACUGGUAUCUAUAGUGGAUUGUGGCAGUGGUAUGCUCUAUCCCAGGGACUCUGAAAGCCGUCAAACGAAGUUCCUCGAUGGGUUGUGGCUGUUCAGGGUAGACUCGUCACCAGCAAGGAAUGAAAGUUUUGUCCAGCGAUGGUGGGAAAAGUCACUUGCAGAGUCUGGUCCAGUGAUUGACAUGCCUGUCCCUUCCAGCUACAAUGACGUGACACAAGACAAAAGUCUCAGAGACUUUGUUGGAUGGGCUUGGUAUGAGCGUUCCUUUUAUGUGUCCCAAGACUGGACCAAGCAAAGAAUUGUGCUACGUUUUGACAGCGCUCAUUACUACUCUAAAGUGUGGCUGAAUGGCAAGCCCUUGAUGGAGCAUAAUGGAGGCCAUCUUCCCUUUGAGAGUGAAGUGAACUCUUUUCUCAUCCCUGGAGGAAGUAAUCGGAUAACUCUUGCCCUAAACAAUACUCUUACCCCAACGACAUUACCACCUGGCACAAUCAAAUAUGAGACUGACCACACACAAUAUCCUCCUGGAUACUUUGUCCAAAACUUGCAGAUGGAUUUCUUUAACUACGCAGGCAUCCACCGGCAUGUUCGCCUCUACACCACGCCAAGCAAUUACAUUGAUGAUAUCACCAUUCUGUCCGAUAUCUCAGGCAGUCAAGCCAAUGUCAGCUACCAAGUCGCAGUAGCCGGCACCAGUGCGCCCACCUCUGCAAAUGUCUCUGUCUCUGUGCUGGACAAUCGUGGUCAAGUGGUUGCAAAAGGUGUCGGUCUCUCUGGGGUCCUAUCUCUGAACAACCCCACACUCUGGUGGCCGUUUGGUAUGAAUGAUUCUGUGGGAUACAGGUAUCUUCUGGAGGUGAGAGCCAAUGGUGAUGUCUACCGCCAGCCAUUUGGUAUUCGCACUGUCAAGGUCACAGAGAAUCAGUUCUUGAUCAAUGGGAAGCCUUUCUACUGCCAUGGAGUUGCCAAGCACGAAGACUCUGAUCUGCGAGGCAAAGGUCUGGACUACCCAUUGAUCGUCAAAGACUUCAAUAUGCUUCGAUGGCUCGGCGUCAACUGUAUCCGCACAUCCCACUACCCGUAUGCUGAGGAAAUCCUGGAGCUGGCUGACAGUCAGGGAGUCGCGGUCAUUGACGAGAGUCCCGGAGUUGGGAUCAAUCAACGGGACAAUUUUGGUCAGAAAUCGCUGGACCACCACAAGGAGGUCAUGUCUGAGAUGAUUCGUCGUGACAAGAACAAACCGUCAGUCAUCAUGUGGUCUGUUGCCAAUGAACCAGCCAGUAAUAUUGACAUCGCUGUCCCGUAUUUCAAGUCUGUAAUUGAAUACACAAGAGUUAAUGACCCAGCUCACCGUCCUGUCACUUUUGUCUGUGACCAUACGUUUGAAACGGAAAAAGUGGUACCUUAUGUGGAUGUGAUCUGUCUGAACCGCUACUACGGCUGGUACUCUGACCCUGGCCACACCGAGGUCAUCCAGCUGCAGCUUAAACGACAGUUUGAAGGCUUCCGGAAUCUGUACAAGAAGCCGAUAAUCAUAACAGAAUAUGGCGCGGACACCAUACCGGGACUCCACAGGGACCCAUCCUUCAUGUUCACGGAGGAGUACCAAGAGGACUUCCUCAGCGAGUACCACCAGGAGUUUGACCGGGCCAGGAAGGAGUACCUGAUAGGGGAGAUGGUUUGGAACUUCGCUGACUUCAUGACGGUUCAGGGAGUCACGCGAGUUGUGGGCAAUAAGAAAGGUUUACUGACUCGCCAGAGACAGCCUAAGAGAGCAGCUUUUCUCAUCCGAGAUCGCUAUUACUCUCUGAUCAAAGGAGCAGACACCUCUGAAAAAUCGUGCAAAAGUCGCACGGGUAGCAAACACUCUGAUGCUCCUCAUGUAUACACCUAUUUAGGAUAGACACUACCUCCUAUAGAGUGAAGAAGUACUUCCUAUGUUAAGUUCUGCGAUAGAGUUCAUGCUUGUGGCAGGCAGAAAAGGAAAGUGUGUGUGUGUGUGUGUGCGGGGGGGGGGGGGGGAGGAGAGAUUAAUGGCCAAAGUCAUUAUUUUUGGGGGGGGAUUUUUUUUAGGGAUGGAAAAUGGUUAUAAUUACAGUAGAAAUUGUGUAAGUCCGCCACAUUUGUAGAGGAGAAAAAUGGCUGUCUUACACGGUGUCAUUAUAAUGAAGAAAAAGAAACACAAUACCCAAGGGAGGAAAUACAAAUUAAGUGGCUGUUUGCACAGGUGAUUUUCCUUUACAAGUGGUCUUAAUAGCCUUUUUGACUGCAUUUCUUAUUUGCUUUUAUGGCAAGACUGAGGUGUUGGAAGGGGCAGAUGGUUUUCUUUUUGUCUUUUUUAAGAGUAAUGCCAUCUCUUUCAAUGCCAUUUAACUUGAUGUUUAUAACGGAAAAGUUUAUCUGUACUUUUUUCUCAUCAGGAGUCAAACGAGUUGUGGGCAAUAAGAAAGGUUUACUGACUCGCCAGAGACAGCCUAAGAGAGCAGCUUUUCUCAUCCGAGAUCGCUAUUACUCUCUGAUCAAAGGAGCAGACACCUCAGAAAAAUCCUGCAAAAGUCGCGCUGGAAACAAAUACUCUAAUACGCCACAUGUAUACACCAAUUUAGGAUAAACACCUCUUUCUUUAGAGUGUAAAGGUCUCCCCUUUUUUUACGCGAAGAUUGAAUAAAACUGACAGGAUACCUGCAUGAAAA